ACUGCUGUGUCACGCACGACCUGUCUAUUCAAUUCUAUGAAUUUUUGUAAACAAACAGAAACAAAACAAUGUGUAGUUCAGUGUCGUCUUAUCCUCGUGUUGCCCAGUUUAGUCAAUUUGUUUAAUUGAAUCUUCAGAAUUUCAAUAUUUCCUGGAUAGGGCAGUCUGGUCCAAAGAGGUAGAACAGUCAAACAAUGCCAAAACUACGAGAUGAAGAUAUCAACUUGAACAAUACCGUUGUUAGCUUGAAACACAGUGCCGCAAGACUAACAGCAUCGUCUGCCAAAGUCGAUGAAGUUCUAAAGAAUGCUGCCCCAAAACAACCAUUCAAAAGCCACAAAAGACUAGCCAAAGAGAGGAAAAUUGAAAGGACCAAAACUAAAGGUGAAAUGUGGUUUCAUAUGCCGCGUCAAAAACUUACAGAAAAUGUGAAAAAGGAUUUAGAGAUAUUGAGAAUGAGAGGAGCUUUAGAUACAAAACAUUUCUACAAGAAAAAUGAUCGAGAAGUGUUGCCUAAAUAUUUCCAAGUAGGUCAUGUAGUCGAUUCUCCUGUUGAUUACUACAGUAGCAGAGUCCCGAAGAAAGAAAGGAGGAAAACAAUGGUGGAAGAAUUAUUAGCUGAUGCUGAAUUUCAGCAGAAAAGUAAGAAAAAGUACAGGGCAAUAGUAUCAGAGAAGAUCAAAACAAAUCAUUACAAACAGAGGAAGAUAUGAUACUUUUUCCUGGCAUUUUCUGAGUUUGCCAUCAUACCACUUCCUAUUAUCUGUGAAUACCUCCUCGUUCUAAGGAGAAUUUGUGUUGACUUGUUGAAGGUUAAAAAUUGUAACUUGUUCAUCAUUUCUUGAUUGUAAAAAAUAAUUGUUUUAAUUUGAUUAAUUAAACUUCUUGAAAUUUUUUAA